UGUCAUUGGCGAAAUACGUAUUAUUAAAUUUAAUAGUACAUAGUAUGACCUGGGUUUUCCAUGUAUGACGCAAACACCCAAAACAAGAAAAGGAAAUGAAAAACAAAAAGAAUGAACGGCUCAGAUUAAUUCCUCGGUUUCUGGUUCUUCUUUUAUCUGCCCCAUCUCCCUUUCUUCUUCACUCCUCUAUUGUUUCUCUCUUACUUUCUCAGCUCUGUCAAGCUUUUCCUUGGAGACCUUUCGAGGAGUACCGUAGAGGAAAAAAAAGGAAGAAGAAGAAGAUAAGUAAGAUGUUGCUAGGGAAGAGGCCUAGGCCACCAAUGAAGAGAACAACAAGCAUGACAGAGAUCACUUUUGAUCUAAACACAAGCAACGCUGAAGCUCCAUCGUCUGGUCCACAUAAACUUUUUGACAACUACCAGAAACAGCUGGCUGCUGCUGGCCUUCUUGGUGGCUUUGGGGGUCCUCAGAUGCAGGCUAAUGGUGGUGGUGGUGCAGCAGCAGCUUCUGUUGCUGGUGAUGGUGGUGGUAGCAGCCUUGAAGGGUUAGAUCAACGGUUGUUAGCGACGGUAUCACCCAGAGUUCAUAGAAAGCACUCAGUUGAAUUUAUGGAAACCCCUCAUUUCUUAAGGUCUUGCGGUCUUUGCAGACGUCGCCUUGUUCCUGGCCGUGAUAUCUACAUGUAUAGGGGUGAUGGAGCAUUUUGCAGCCUAGAGUGCAGGCAACAUCAAAUAAACCAAGAUGAAAAAAGAGAGAAAUGUUCGACAGCAUCCAAGAAGCAAGCCACGGGCUCUUCCGCCACCAGAUCCGACGUCUCCACCAAAGACGAGACAGUUGCCGCAGUAUAGAUAAUAAUCACCGUGGCCCAAAAGGAUUUUACCAAGCUCAAAUUCCAUCGUACUAGGAGUUAAUAUUAUGCAAGGAUUGCAAGUUAACUUUGUAAUGCUAAUUAAUGUGGCAAGUUUUGGACAUGUUAUUUCAUGUGAAUAAAAAAAAAAAAAAACUUUAUAGAAAAGGAAAUUGAAAUCUGCACUUCGUCCUUGUGUGUUUUUAUCACUUGUUAUCUUUUGGUAGCAAUGGAAGCAAAAUAACAG